AUGUCGUUCCGAACACACUUGCUGAUCAGCAUCGGGAUCCGUAUUUUCCUCAUCUACUACGGGGAGGUUCAGGACAGCCUUUCGGAUGUGCAGUACACCGAUGUCGACUACCGGGUGAUAACGGAUGGAGCUAGUCAUGUUCUCAACUCAAAUUCGCCUUUCAAAAGACACACUUAUCGUUACACACCGCUGUUGGCGUAUCUGGUGCUACCAAAUUUACUUAUUCAUCGAAGCUACGGAAAAUUCAUAUUCUCACUAUUCGACAUCCUGAUUGGUGUGCUUAUCAAAUGGAUCCUGCUGGAAUGCUAUCGUGCGAAUAAGAUUUCAAUCGAGAAGAAACUACUGAAACUGGAGACGCUAAACAAUCGCAAUAAGUAUUUGAUCAAACGGAAGAACGAAAUUCUAAACAACAGCAACGAGACAUUACCUCCCAAAUACAUACGGAUGGCGGAACUAAGUGCGUACUUUUGGUUGUACAACCCCUUAACGAUGGUCAUAGCAACGAGAGGCAACGGAGACUGCGUGGCCUGUUCAAUGGUUCUACUUUCACUGUAUUUCUUGCAAAAGAAUGAACAAACCAUUGGACAAUACUUCACGGCAGGAGUGUUUCUGGGUCUCUCGAUACACUUCCGUUUGUACCCAUUGGGAUUCUGUCUAGCAUUUUAUCUGUCAACCGUUGAAAAACCUCUCAUAACCAUCAGAGACUACGCCCAAGCAAUAGUUCUACCAAACAACAAGCAAACAGCCUUAAUGUGUGGAACAAUCAUAUCUCUGUUUACGUCAACUGCGUUCUUCUUUCUCAUGUACGGCCAUCAGUAUCUUUACGAAUCCAUCAUAUAUCAUCUGGUACGGAAGGACACCCGGCACAACUUUUCGCUCAAUUUUUAUUCGCAAUACCUAAGCUCCAGCUACGACAUAUCCGCGAUGGAAAAAAUUCUUACCUUUUUACCGCAGCUGAUUUUGAUCCUCAUCAUCACCAUUCGUUACGGACAACACCGUCAGACGCUCGCCUUUUGCCUGUUUUCCAUCGCCUUCGUUAUGGUGACCUACAAUCCGGUGGUAACGUCGCAAUACUUCGUGUGGUUCCUUUCGUUGCUCCCGUUGAGCGUGAAGAACUUCCGCAAUCUCGGCUUGCGAAAGGCUGUAUUCCUGCCGAUCAUGUGGUUCAUCUCCCAGGGAGGCUGGCUGUUACCGGCCUAUCUGCUCGAAUUCAAAGGCUGGAACACGUUCGAGUUCAUUUGGGUACAAAGCGUGGUGUUUUUCUUUUCCAACAUUCUCAUCCUGCAGAUGCUGGUCAGCAAUUACGAUGUGACUUACAAUUAUAAAAUCGAUUGAAGUGUUGAAGUGAAGCUUUUGAAUAUCAGUAAACAUUAAUAUUAAA